AUGACGUCUGUCGUUCGCAAACUUCGUAUUACUAGCAGCUUUCAGGAGACGCACCACUGCACGGCGAGGCCACAGUUUGACCGCGGUGGACUCAAUGCUCCCCAGCCUGGUAGUACAACGGACAUCUCGACCUUCAUGAAGCGUGCGGAGGAUGCUGUCGCCAGCAGGGGUUACCAUCGCAAUUACAGAGCUACACCCAAGCCUUUGUCGUUUCCUUACGAAGCGACACCCCUGGAAGUUUUCGCCCUUGCCUUCGCUGUCUUCGCUGUGGUCUGCAUUCUGGGCUUCAUGGUCAUGAUCGCCAUGAAGAUGAGGCGUUCCCGGGCACAGCACCAAUCCCACAACUUCCCUGACCCUUGCGACACGAGCCAUGGAGGCUCCGAGAAUUCAAACGAGCGUGGAGCGGCGAUAUAA